CGUGACUUCCCGGCCGGCUCCCGGGGCUUCACGUGUAGCGAGCCGCAAAGACGCGGCUGAGAGCUGCAGAUCGGCGGCUUUCGGAGCGUGCCGUGUCACCUUCUGGGGCUGGGAGAGUGCGGUCGCCUCUUUGGGGUGAGCGCGGCGCCGCUACAGCAUGCCUCACAGGAAGAAAAAGCCCUUUAUAGAGAAGAAGAAAGCUGUAUCUUUUCACCUGGUCCACCGGAGCCAACGAGAUCCUUUAGCAGCAGAUGAGACCGCACCCCAGAGGGUUCUGUUGCCUACACAGAAGAUAAGAGAUGAAGAAAGGCGAGCAGAACAGAGGAAGUACGGAGUGUUCUUUGAUGAUGACUAUGACUACCUGCAGCACCUGAAGGAACCGUCUGGGCCCUCGGAGCUCGUUCCCACAAGCACCUUCAGUGCACCAAGCAGGAGAGACGAGGAAGAAGAAACUUUAGUAAUUUCAACCACUGGGAUUAAGUUACCUUCAUCAGUAUUUGCGUCAGAGUUUGAAGAAGAUGUUGGAUUGCUGAAUAAAGCAGCUCCUGUUUCAGGACCUCGGCUGGAUUUUGAUCCUGACAUUGUCGCAGCUCUUGACGAUGAUUUUGAUUUUGAUAAUCCAGAUAAUCUGCUUGAAGAUGAUUUUAUUCUUCAGGCCAGUAAGCCAACAGAAGAGGAAGAGGGAAUGGAGAUACAGAAAUCUGAGGCCGAAGAUGACAGUGAGUGGGAAGAUGUGGAUGAUGACAAGGAAGGAGGUAGUGAUGACGAUAACCAUGACCCUGCAGGCUCAUCGGAGGAGGAUAUGUCUGCCCAUGGAAAGCCUCUUGGGGCUGCGGCAAGUCACUUGUUCUGGGAAGAGGAAACGAAAAGUCGCUUUACUGAGUAUUCUAUGACAUCCUCGGUCAUGAGGAGAAAUGAGCAGUUGACCCUACAUGAUGAGAGAUUUGAGAAGUUUUAUGAGCAAUAUGAUGAUGAUGAAAUUGGAGCUCUGGAUAAUGCUGAAUUGGAAGGUUCCAUUCAAGUGGACAGCAGUCGUUUAGAGGAAGUUUUGAACGACUACUAUAAAGAGAAGGCAGAGAAUUGUGUAAAACUGAAUACUCUUGAACCCUUCGAGGAGCAGGACUUGCCAAUGAAUGAACUCAAUGGGUCUGAGGAGGAAGAGAUUGUUACUGUAGUUCUUGAAGAAGCCAAAGAGAAGUGGGAUUGUGAAUCUAUUUGUAGUACAUACUCAAAUUUAUAUAACCAUCCACAACUUAUCAAGUAUCAACCAAAGCCCAAACAAAUCCAGCUGUCUUCUAAAACAGGAAUACCUCUCAAUGUCUUACCUAAAAAAGGACUCACAGCAAAGCAAGUUGAACGAAUGCAGAUGAUUAAUAACAGUGAUCUUCCUAAGGUGUCAACCCAACCACGUUCUAAAAAUGAAAGCAAAGAAGAUAAAAGAGCAAGAAAGCAAGCUAUAAGAGAAGAGCGCAAGGAACGGAGAGUUGAGAAGAAAGCUAACAAAUUAGCCUUCAAACUGGAGACAAGAAGGCAGGAGAAAGAGCUGCUGAACUUGAAGAAGAACGUUGUGGGUCUAAAGCUGUGACAGUAGAUACAUUUAGGACAAGGUGCAUUCCCCAUUUAGGGGAUGUUCAGUAAUGAAUGAGAAUCUUCAAAGAGACAAAACUAUUUGAUCUGCCACUUUUACUGGCAGGUAUUGAAAAUAGUACAAUACUUGUAUUUAUACCAGCAAAUUUUCUCCACCAACUGUCUUGUAAAUAUUGUAAUAUUUUAAAAUGUAAUAUAGGCUUAGGUUUGCUCUAAAAUAAAUGACUUCAUGAAUAUGAAAUGUUUGGAUAAAUUAAAGGAAAAUGUCUUUGUAACUUC